AUGGCUUUGUACCGAAAAAGUAUCAAAUUUGAGGAAUCAGGACUUGCUCGUGUAUUGGGUUCUGGAGCUUCAGGAGUAUUUGAAUUAAUUAUAUUUCAUCCUGUUGAUACUAUUUCAAAACGUUUAAUGACUAAUCAACAAAAAGUUUUUAUACCUGGUGCACCAUUAUCUCAAAUUCCUAAUAAUUUAGAGCGAGCCAUAUUUAAAGAUAAGCAUUCCGCAAAUCUUUUACAUAAAUACAUAUCAUUGUUUCCAGGAUUAGGUUAUGCAGGUGGAUACAAAGUACUCCAAAGAAUUUAUAAAUAUGGUGGUCAACCAUAUGUAAGAGAUUAUAUCAACAGCAAUCAUCAAGAUGUAUUCUAUAAAUUAUUCGGUGAAAAAAGUGGCAAAACUAUAAUACAUGCCACUGCUGGAAGUUUAAUUGGGAUCGGAGAGGUGGCACUUUUACCAUUAGAUGUAAUGAAAAUUAAACGUGGCCUUUGGACAGCAGCACGUAAUGCACCAGGAACUUUUGUUGAAGAAUAUUUAUUUGGAUUAAAAGAUUAUUCUAAAGCAACAUUUUUUCAAACUUUUUGCGCAUCAAUUGGUGGUGCUAUUGCUUCUAUAAGUGUCGCUCAACCACUUGAUGUAAUUAAAACUCGUAUCCAAAAUAGACCUUUUGAUUCACCUGAAACUGAAACACAAAAUUAUUCGCAAAAUGAUACUCAAAGAAG